GAGUGUGCCUGUAUGAGUGAAAUCAGUGCAGCUCGUCAGUACAGUUGGGUUCAGCCUGGUGGUGUUACACCGCACAUGGUUCUCAUGCACGUACGCACCGGCGUUCACACAUACAUAGAACCCUGCUCACACACACACACACAUACACCUACACACACGCGCACGCACGCACGCUCACCUAAAGUCUGCUGACUCCGUCUCAGUCCCAACCGCCGUACCGUCUUGACUACAGGCUCGGUGACACACGCGCUCUCGCCCGAAGCACUUCCUGCCAGGCCCCGCUGCUGUGUUCUUGCCGACUCCCGGACUAAGUACGACCACCCGCUCCUUCCCGUCGGAUUUCAACGGUAGCUCCUCGGCGGUACACGCACCUCGACCCGAAGGAUUUUCGUACUCGGCUCGGUGAACUGAAUGGCGACGGACACGGAGAGGAGAAUGAGCUUGGAGUCCAGCUCCGGCAUUAUCGAAGAAGAGGUGAGGACAUUAUUUGUGAGCGGGCUGCCUAUGGACGCUAAGCCCAGGGAGCUGUAUCUACUCUUCAGGGCAUACAAGGGCUACGAGGGGUCACUUCUCAAGGUCACCACAAAACAGGGAGGGAAAGCCACUUCACCGGUGGGGUUUGUGACGUUCGAGUCGAGGGCCGGCGCAGAGGCUGCCAAGCAGGCACUUCAGGGAGUUCGUUUUGACCCUGACAUGCCCCAGACGCUGAGGUUAGAGUUCGCCAAAGCCAACACAAAGGUUCAGAAACCGAAGCAGAACUCGACGACCCCCCAGGUCGGGAUUCCCGCGAUCGGGCCGCACUUCGCCAGGGAGCCUUAUGAGCUGGGAGGAGCUUUCUUCACAGGCGUGCCUGAGGCCUGGGCUCACCACCCCCUGGCAGCUUACGAGCUGGGACCCGUCGCCCUGGCUCACCCCUUCGCCCAUCCUGCUCUACAUACACAGGUGCCUCACCCUCAGCACCCCCCCAUCGCACCACCCCCCCACCCUGCAACUCUUGCACCGCCCCCCACUGCGGCCGUGCCCCCGGGUCUCACACGGGCGUUGAACUUGACGGCCGGCACCAACCCGCCAUGCACCACCCUGUUUGUCGCAAACCUGGGGCCAAACGUCACCGAAAAUGAGCUAAGGGACAUUUUCUCUAGAUUCCCUGGGUUCAGCCGCCUGCGACUCAACAACAAGGGGGGAUCCCCCGUCUGUUUUAUUGAAUUCACGGACAUUCCGUGUGCGACCCAGGCCAUGAACGCCCUUCAGGGAUAUGUGCUGCUGUCUUCAGACCGUGGGGGGUUACGUAUCGAGUACGCACGCAACAAAAUGGGGGAGACACGCAAAGACGGGGAAAGGUCGACUAGCCAUUCACCAGUCAAUAUUCCAAUUUGAUGACAUCAUCGACAUCAUCAACGGUACCUCCGAUGACAUCAUCAGCAUGUUCAUGACAUCACCACCAUUUCAAUGACAUCAUCGAACCUUUGUGUUGCAGACAAUCCUUCAGGGCAGUGACAGUGCGUAUGCAUAUCUCAUCAGGGUUCCGACACCCAACUUGCAGGGGUGGGCCGUUUGAACCUUGACCCGACCCUACAUGACACCAUCCCAUAAUCCCACAUUGAAGAUGGGUGGUUGUGAUGUCAUCAGCAUAGAACACAGCAGCACAUUCCCUGGUCGCAGAUUCAACAUAUCCAUGGUGUGACGGGCCUGCUUCACAGACAAAAAAAACUAAGAGAAAAGUUAGCACAACGUUCGUGGUAGAUUUAUACAUGAUGUACAGAUCACCAGGGUGCCUCUAUUUCCUACGGUGACUUAAGGGGUGUCAAGUUACGGGGGUUCACAUAAGAGUAGUAGUUGCAAUACUGACAUGCACCGACCAUUGGGACAAUCCAGGGGACAAGUUUACGUACAACCUGCCUUCUCAUGUCACUUAUGAUUGGCUCAAAGCUGACCAAUCAGCAUCCAGCACAUAAGUUUGAGUUGUGUAUAAGUGAAUGAAUCAGAAAGGAAAAUGAGAGGACCGAAAAUGUGUCAUGUGAUGAUGAUGUGAAUAUCAUUACAUGAUCAAUUGAAUACCAUGGGAUGAUCAUGUGAUGUGCAUGUGAUGGCAGGAUAUGUGUCUACUUUGUAUCCCUGGACUCCUUUUUGGUUCGGUUUGUUUCUCAUGGAUUUAACUUCUCGUGAAAAUGGCCUUUCUAUGGCAAAGCACCACAGGGGCAAUGCAAUAAGCUAUAAUGGACAAGAACCCAGCAGUGACCAAGAUGUAAAGUAACCUUAAAGACAUGUUUGUAGAUACUUUCUGUAGACUCCGUUCCACAUGGCUUAUUUGUAAAGUGUAUGGCUAUCAGCAGUGGAGCUGCUUUGGGGGGUGUGGGGCCUUGGUAAUCAGGUGGUAGCAUUCAGAGGUAUGGGGCCUUGGCAAUCAUAAGUAUACAUACAUGUAUAUCAAAGCAGCAUGGUGGGUGGCACUUAGACUGGAAACGAAACCCCCCAUAUUAAACGUUGAACAACCCAUUUCUGAACUGAUGUUCACUGGAAUUGGAAGGUUCAACUUGAAUUUGGGGGGUGCCUAGGAUACUUGUGAAGAUGUGAAGUAGUGAAGACCUUAGAAUGAGCAAAUUAGAGGACUCUUCAAGGUCGCAGAGAGUUCUUGCCCUGACCUCACCAAAGUUUUGUGACCUCACAGACAGAAAAAUUCAUAUCAGGUGACACAAAGUACUUACAUGAUGACAUUUACACCAUCAUAUGCAAUAUAUAUCUAUAACACUUAUACUCGUAAAGUUGUACUUUGGGCGAUACCUCAUGAGGAGGUGCCAUUUCAGUUAAGGGUUCAGCAUGCAAAAUAUGCAAAUAGGUACAGGGCGUGACAUGAAGUUUUCUGUCUUGAGGGUCAAAUGUUGAUCAUGUGACAAGUUCAAAGCAUUCUGGGUGAUUUGCAUGACGGAUUCUGGGUAAUUCUGCAUGACCAAUCAGGUAAAAGCAUGACAUAAGUAGGGUGAAACAGCCUCAAGUGCCUGAAGUCGAAUAUUUAUCGCAAAAAAAAAACAUGAAAGAAACUUAAAUUUUGGUUGAUUUAAAAGAGACGUAUCUAAUGAAUUAUGAAUGUACAGGAAGAUGAUGACUUAAGAAUAUACAUUGUAGUAACGUAUACAAAUGUAUGUAUAUCUUUCUUUCUCUCUCUACAAGAUUAUGUUUAGUUACUUUUGCUUGUAAUUUUGCAGUGCAGGAAAGUGAUAUGUAAGGAUUGAAAUGUGUUUUCUGCACUUUUGUUGCAAUGAUAGAGGUCAUUCAUGCAAAUGAAUUUGUUAACAUGCAAAUGAGUGGUGGAUAUGCAAAUAAGUUUGCAGAUAUGCAAGUGAGUUUGCAGACAUAUUAUGAGAUUGCAGACAUUCAAGUGAGUUUGCAGACAUGCAUAUGCAUUGUCAAUGAUUACACAUAUAAGCUUGUAUUGAUGAUAGUUUACUUAUUUGCGACCAGACAAUGCCAAUGACUGUACAAUCAUGCAAAGUUGAUAUUUUGCAGAAAGUCUUUUUGUGAGCUAUGAAGUUCUUGAUUCCCACCUUUUGUUGCUGUGUAAAAAGUCUGCUUGACUUUGUUGAAGGAGAAAUUUUCCUAUGCCACAUUUUUGGCGACACCUUGCAAAUGGAGCCAUUUGAGAUUGAUCAUACAGUUUUGUAAACUCAAUGCAGUCAACCUUUUACUUGAAAGGUUUUUGUCUUUUUUUUAUGAUUUGAGUUGUGAGAACAAAAACUUAUCCAAAAAAGCCACAGAUUCCUUUUGUUUAGUCUUUUUUGGAAGGAAGUUUCUCCUAACAGUGUUUGAUUUAACGUUAGUAUGUAGUUGAUAUAAGUUCUAUACCAAGAAGAUGUUAUAAAGAUUGCAUUAGAGCUUCAGAUAUAUUACUUGACAAUCUUGGAUUUUCAGAUAUAUGUUCUAUUUAGACUGUAUUAGCCUGUAUUUGAGAGUUUAGAGGUAGAACUUUGUUGAUUUAUCUCGAGUUUGGCUUUGUGACGUGAAAAGAGUGGUUGUGAAGAGGGGUUAAAGGUGAAGGGUGAAAGGUUGUACAUAAUUAGAGAUGUUAUUAUGUACUGCAGUAUUUAUUUCGUAGUUCUAUCCUCUGCUACAUCCUCAAAAUCAAAUUUCAUUUCCCCAUGUAUUGUACGACUAAGAAUGGACAGGUCAGAAAGAUUUUUUUCCAGUUUGUAUUUAUUGUAACCAACGGCAACGCUGUGCAAUGAACUGAGAUUUUCGUUUCCAUGGCAACACAUAAACUACCGAUUUUGUACGACUUUGCUGACAAAACUUUUUACCAGGUUUUACUCAACUCUCUGCUUAUAUUUUAAUAAACUGAGGAUUAAUUUUC